UUUAAUUCCUUGUUUAUCCAGGACGCGGGCAGCAUCUUGGACCCCCGUGCAGCCGCCGCUGUGGGCCAGUCAGAGCUCAUGUCUAUGUACGACGCCAUGUUCUCCCAGUACAACGUCAAAAUUGCCCAGGUCCUCGUCACGAAACCGGACUUUUAUAACGAAGAGACGAGAAAGAACUUAUUCUGCACAUUAUCUGAAUUGAUAUCACUGAAUAUAGUGCCCAUUGUCAACACUAACGACGCUGUCAGCCCACCGAUGUAUAUUCAUGACGACACCGUGGUACCGGGGACUGGGAAAAAGGGUAUCGGCAUAAAAGACAACGACAGUUUGUCAGCACUAUUGGCUGCCGAGAUUCAGUCAGAUCUACUGAUUAUGAUGUCAGACGUCGACGGCAUAUAUAACAAACCUCCUUGGGAAGAUGGCGCCAGGAUGAUGCAUACUUACACCUCCAAGGAACAAGUACAGUUUGGUCAAAAAUCUAAGGUUGGUACGGGUGGUAUGGAUUCAAAAGUGAACGCAGCUACUUGGGCCAUGGCACGAGGUGUCAGUGUUGUAAUCUGCAACGGAAUGCAAGAAAAAGCUAUUAAGACCAUCAUUAGCGGUCGCAAAGUAGGAACAUUCUUCACUGACUGCGCUGUUAGCUCACCAACCUCGGUUGAUGUUUUAGCCGAAAAUGCACGACUUGGAAGCAGAUCCUUACAGCAACUGACCCCAGCAGAAAGAGCAACAGCCAUUCAUUCAUUAGCCGAUCUUUUAGUCAGCAAACAAGACGAAAUAUUAGAAGCUAAUAAUAAGGACUUAGAAGAAGCAACAAAGAGCGGAUUAGCAAAGCCACUUCUGAGCAGAUUAUCUUUAAGCCCAAGCAAGUUAAAAACAUUAUCAGUUGGCCUCAAACAGAUAGCUGAUUCGAGUUACGAAAACGUUGGCAGGGUUUUGAGAAAAACAAAACUCGCUGAAAACUUAGUCCUGCGACAAGUUACAGUUCCCAUCGGAGUCCUUCUAGUUAUAUUCGAAUCCAGACCAGACUCGCUACCGCAAGUAGCUGCUUUAGCUAUGGCAUCGGCUAAUGGUCUUCUUCUCAAAGGUGGAAAGGAAGCUGCCCAUUCGAAUAAAGCUCUCAUGGAUUUAGUUAAAGAAUCUCUAAAAGGUGUUGGUGCUGAUGACGCUAUAUCCCUUGUUUCAACAAGGGAAGAAAUUAGCGAUCUAUUGGCGAUGGAGAAACAUAUAGACUUGAUUAUUCCGAGAGGAUCAUCAGAUUUAGUUAGGAAUAUUCAAAAGCAGUCGCAGCACAUUCCCGUUCUUGGUCACGCCGAGGGUAUUUGUCACGUAUAUUUAGACAAGGAUGCUGAUCCACAGAAAGCUUUGAAGAUUGUUCGUGACGCGAAGUGCGAUUACCCGGCUGCUUGCAAUGCUAUGGAGACGGUGCUAAUUCAUGAAGAUCACCUAUCUGGCAAUCUCUUCAACGAUCUGUGCAACAUGUUGAAGAAGGAAGGUGUUAAGAUCCAUGCUGGUCCUAGAUUGUCCAGUCAGCUGACAUUUGGGCCGCCUCCAGCGAGGAGUAUGAAGUUCGAAUAUGGUGCUCUGGAGUGCUGUAUCGAAGUUGUCAGGGAUAUGGAAGACGCUGUUGAUCAUAUACAUAAAUUUGGUAGCUCUCAUACCGAUGUCAUCAUCACGGAGAACGAUGGCACAGCGAAGCGCUUCCUAAACGCUGUGGACAGCGCGUGCGUGUUCCACAACGUGUCGUCGCGUUUCGCCGACGGUUUCCGCUUCGGGCUCGGCGCCGAAGUUGGUAUCUCCACCGCCAGGAUACACGCCCGAGGUCCAGUGGGAGUUGAAGGGUUGUUGACCACGAAAUGGAUCUUGGAAGGCACAGACCACACCGCUGCCGAAUUCAACGAGGGAAAGAGGAACUGGCUUCACGAGAAAAUGCCCAUCAAUUGACUAACUCCACCAGUAGAAGUACCCACCAGACCUAGUAUAUGGAUAAGAAUUAAACAGAUCUUUGGCCUUAAAUAAAUUUAAGAAAAAAAUUAUAGAAGAGCAACCUUUUUCUAUAAAUAACAGGGAAAUGAUCACAGAAAAUUGGUCAUCACCCUUCAAAUUUUAAGACCAGCACGGUGUGUUCUUUGUAUUUUUGUCAACCGAUCUAAGUGAAAGGCGAAAAUAUGAUAUUAAAUUCAAUUGGAAUUUAAAAUACCAAAUUGUUUCUAAAGAAAUAGUUCAUCUUUGAGUGGGUUUGUACUUUAUAAUUAAGCUUUAAUUGAUAUCUUAGUUUGUGACAUGGCUGUAAUCUAAGUACCGAUUGUAAUAUAAAUUGCAAUUUAUCAGGAGAUUAAUUUUAAUUGUAAAAAUAAAAAGAG